UGACAGGCUCAUAUUGUAGUCGUGCUCAUAUCAAACUUUACGAUGAGUCUGUCUAAUGGAUGAAGAUGAUGAUGAGUGUGAAACACCCUCCGUUAAGGAACUGGAGAAGAUCCUGUUUGGAGGGAAGAGGAGUGGGAAUCAUGCGGAUGAAGUUUGGCCCAACCUUUUCCUGGGUGACAUGUCUGUGGCCAAUGAUCGCUUCAGUCUGUGGAAGCUGGGCAUCACUCACGUCCUGAACGCCGCUCAUGGGAAGAUGCACUGUCAGGGCAGUCACGAGUUCUACGGGUCAACCGUCGAGUAUUACGGAGUCCCUGCAGACGAUUCGCCAUCGUUCAACCUGUCGGUUUAUUUUCACCCCUGCGCUGAUUAUAUCAAAGAGGUUCUCAGUUCUCCAGGAGGACGGGUGUUGGUUCACUGUGCGGUGGGAGUGAGUCGCUCAGCCUCUCUGGUUCUGGCGUAUCUCAUGAUCCACCAGCGGCUUUCUCUUCUGAACGCUGUUAAAACAGUCAAACUGCACCGCUGGAUCUUCCCGAACCGAGGCUUCCUCAAACAGCUGCGGGCCCUGGACGUGACGCUCCGCUGUAUGAAGAGCACAACAUAAACCUUCCAACUGGAAUCAUCACACCUCAGCUCUCAGCUUUAGAAGGAAAACGUAAUGAUUUACAGAGAUAUUAGAUAUUCAGUUAUUUUGUUAUAAUUUAGAUGAUUUAUUUUAUAUUUAACAAUACAUGUACUUUUACUGUAAAAUGUUUUUUGUACUGUAAUUUAUUGUGAAAAACAACAAAAGGUUUCUAAAAGUGCCUAAUUUUUUUUUAUUAUUUAACUGGCAUUAAGCAAAAUCGUUAGAAGAUCAGAUUAGCAGCCUGUGGUCUCCUGUACUCAAUAAUAAAAUAAAACUAGAGUUUGAUGACAAACUUUGAUGUUGCGUUGACAAAGCCAGGUCUGAACGUUUAAAAAAAAAUUGAAAAGCUAGAAGUUUGAAGGUUUUACUCUGACAAACUCAAAAAAUGUUACUAGCAUGUUUUAACAUGCUAACAUGAUUUAACACAUUGCUAGCAUUUUAACAUGUUGCUAGCAUAAUUUAAUACUUUACUAGCAUGAUUAGCAUGUUUGCUAACAUGUUGCUAACAUGAUUUAACACAUUACUAAUGUUUUGUAACAUGUUGUUAGCAAUGAUUAGCGUGUUGCUAGCAUUUUGCUAACAUGAUUUAACCUGUUGCUUGCAUGUUUUAAUGUUUUGUUAACACAUUUUAACACAUUGCUAGCAUAUUUUAACAUGUUAUUAGCAUUAUUAGCAUUUUGGUAGCAUAUUACUAGCAUGUUUUAACAUUGCUAACAUUUUAGCAUGUUGUUAACACACUGCUAGCCUGUUUUAGAAUGUCAUUAACAUGUUGCUAGCAUGAUUAGCAUGUUUCUAGCAUAAUGUAACAAUUUGCUAGCAUGAUUAACAUGUUGCUAACAUAAUUUAACCUGUUCCUCACAUGUUUUAACAUUUUGCUAGCAUGUGGUAACACAUUUCUAGCACAUUUUGACAUGUUGCUAGCAUUAUUAGCAUUUUGCGAACAUAUUACUAGCAAGUUUAACAUAGUUAACAUGAUUAGCAUGUUGUUAGCAACAUGUUAGCAUGAUUAGCAUGUUGUUAGCCUGAUUAGCAUGUUGUUA